GAAGCAUUACCUCACCGUACUCAGCCACAGCAGUGAAACAUCACACAUUUCACCCUCAGACACAAGGAUUGGGGAUAACUGAACUGGAGAACUCUCCAACAAGUAACUUAUCCCUUUUCAGCGGACUAGUUACCACAGGCUCAUCUCUUCUUCUGGGAAAUAUAAAUCUUGUCGGUUUGGAAUUUUGGGAAUAUGGCUUGAGACAGAGUUGGUGGUCUGUACGUAUUGUCCCAGAGGAUGCCAAGUUUUGAAAGAAGUUUGAGCUUCCGUUUUUCCAGAAGAAACACUUGGCGCUGCACGGUGGAUGGCGGGGGGAAGGUAAAGCGGGGGAAGAGUAAGAAGAAGCUGGAACCUCAGAAAGCACAGAGUCUGGAGGAGGCCCAGCUGGAGAUACAACAGCACAACAAGAACCUGGCCAAACAGAGCCUGCACAGAUCACAAACCUUUGACUCGGAGAGAAGCUUUGAAGUGACGGAAAGCAGUGUGACCCGCAGUAGUUUUAUAAAGCACAACAAAUCAUUCCACAAGCUGUUCCCGGACAUUCCCGAAAGCGAGGACCUCAUACACGCCUACAUCUGUGCCCUGCAGAAGGAGGUCCCCUACCACGGGCGGUUGUACGUGUCCGAAAACUACGUCUGCUUCUACUCCUCCGUGCUCCUCAAGGAUACCAAGGUGGUGAUCCCGGUGUCCAGUGUGCUGGUUCUGAAAAAGCAGAACACAGCCUUGCUGGUACCCAAUGCCCUGUCAAUCCGCACCUGCGAGGGGGAGAAGUAUUUGUUUGUGUCUCUGAGGAACCGGGAGUCCUGCUACAAGCUCCUGCUGUCAGUUUGUCCUCAGCUGGAGGAUGGCAGUACCAACAGCAGCCCGAUCUUCUCCUCUGUGGAGAACAGCUUCGAGCAGAGCAAGCACACGAACUCCAGCCAGUCCAGUCUGGAGGACAGCUUUGACCAGCUGGACAAAGGAGACACCAGCCUCCUCUUAAACGCACAACCCCCCAACCCAACGAAACUGUCCCGAGACCCAGUGCAUCAUGGGAACAGCGCCACCUCAAGGAGCAACCCUCUGAGGGAGAAGGAGGACAGCUCCAUGGAGGAGGACACAGGAGGCUCUUGGGUCUGGAGUGUAACAGAGAACGUCAGAACUCACCUGAUCCAGAGGCAGUCCAGCAGCCUUAACACCCUCCUCUUCAUCUACGUACUGCUGGUGGUGCUGUUGCUGCUCUCCUCCGGGUAUAUCGGCCUGCGGAUCGUGGCACUGGAGGAACAGCUGACCUCGCUCGGGGCCCUGCCGGAGUUCUCCCUACACAACCGGUACAAGGACACAUAGCCCUGCGGCCAGGAAAAGCGGAAAAAAUUCUGCGGACAUGGCAAUAAAGCACCGUCUGAAGAUCUGCCGAGGAUUAGGUCUCUAAAAACCAAAAUGCUUCUCACCUUCCAGGACGUCAUUGGAAGAACGCAGUUUUUAAACCGCACAGGCGUACCGAAAAGGAACAGCGUGCGCUUGGUCGUUAUGAUUUCAGAAAUUCGCUUUAAAUUAUCCUUCGGUGGUUCUGCAGACGGGAUCGUUAUUGCACAGCUGCGCAGUCCGGCUGCGUUUUGUCUGCUGGUCGACGGCUGCGUGAAGCAUGUGGAGCGGGUGCAGCCAUCUUCCCCUGCAGCAAAGAAGGCUGCCUGGUGGAACCAAAGACAGCUGGCCCUGGGGGGGCACUGGGGAAUAAAUUGAACGGCGCACCAGUGCAUCGGCUGAGCCAGUUGAACUGUAUAAUAUCAGUUCAAUGGCUGAGCUGUAAUAUCGGCUGGAGCUGGCAGUUCGGUGUGGACCGUCCCGUUUAGAAAAGGGCUCUGCAAUGUGUGAUUAUUGCAUCCUCCCCAACACCCCCCUACCCUCCCAAGAUACUUUCUCCUCCUGCUUUCGGUGUAGUAGAGUUUAUGCAGGAAAAAGUGUAGCCGGCUGUACUCUUACCCUUCAAACGUUCUAUGAAGUACUAUUAAAACGGCGAGCCAAAGACACUUGUUGAACAUCAGUACUUGGGUGGGAGUGCAUUACAUUUUUGUGGAGCUUUAUUUUUAUUUGCAUCUCUUAAGCAUUACCUUUAAAAAAGGAAAUGCAUGUUUAUCUAAUGUUCUGCGUAUGUAUCGGCUUACACAUUUGUUUUCUUACUUCGAAAUGUACCUGUUGAUGACUGAAAAUAAGAUACCGCGAGCCUGACAUCAAAGAUCAGCCAGCAUGGCAUGCGUUUGUGCUCCUCUCUUGAAGAAUUGUCCAGCUCUCCUAAUCUAAGGACUGUGGUAUUAAUCCUCGAAUGCGUAACAUUUAACAUUAUUGAUUCACACUCAGAUUACGUCAAGUAGCCUACAAGUAUUGCUGGGCAUGCUCUAAGUAUGGUCAGGUUUAUAAAAUGAAUAAAAAUAAACAUUUUUUAGUAAUUUUUCUAUUCAUAGUUUUUCUAUACUUUGAUCAAAAAAAGUUUUAAUGUAUACUAAAUAAUCCUGAUCAGGUUAAACGUGUGUCAGCAACAUAUGCAAAAAUGUGAUGCAAAAACAUUUAUACCAUAUGUGAGUUAUGCGUUUGAGGGAACGAUUGUCUCUAACAGCAACACAUUGCAUAUAUGUGUUUGUGUGCGUGCGUGUGUGUAUAUAUAUAUAUAUACACACACACAAUAAUGAAAAUAUGCAAACCGUGCGUAAUUUCACACCCUUAAAAUUUCAAUGUAUGUUAAAUUGAGUUGCUUCGAAGGCUUGCGCAGUAUAGUAUUACAUGUUGUGUUUGACAGGAUGGAUGGAAUCAGCUUCUCGAUCAAUACCGAUUAUUUAAAACUUAAUCAAGUAUUACCGAAUAAUUUUUUUUAAAGAUGCUUUCAAGUUGACACCCUGUUUAAACAGUUUGUGGUGUUCUUAAAAAAAAAAAAUAGACGCAGAUCUGUGUAGCAUCCCAGUGUAUUUCAAACAUGACCGCACUUUUAACGUGUUUAUGCAGGCGCCAUGCAAAAGCGAAACGCACGAUAGGCCAGUGUUUCUCAACCCACUGUGUUUGUCGGUUUUUAUUCCAACAAGCUCUGUAUUGUAACGAGUUGCUAAUUGUAAAAUCAUUCCAAUUGAAAGACACUCAGUUUUACCGAUUCAAUUACAAACUGACAGGUGAACUGACAGGUUGGGUAUGGAAGCCUGAAACCAUCCGUGUGAAAUUCAUGGAGUUUACUGAAAGAACAUGGAAACAAGCCAAAAGUGCAUUGUGCUAAAACAACUUUCAUUGAUCAAUAGAUUGGCUUUGACUAAAACCAGCGUACACAGUGUGCCGGGACCAGGGUUGAGAAACUGCGUUAGGCGAGGAGAGCAGUCGGUCGGCUUGCCGAUGUUAAACGCUGCGGCCUUUUUCUCAGGGGCAGGGCCUGAUUUAAUCCAAAUUCGGUGCGUUUCCCUCGUUGCGACACGCCAUAGAUCCCAAGUUUUCAAGCGAGCAUCUUUUUAUUUUUGAGCGCGUCAUCUCCGUGAAGCGUUUCCCCGCUCUACAGUUCAGAAUAGCCGUCCACGGAGAACACAGUAAUAUAAAACAAACGGAUGCAGUAAUAUUCUGGUGUGCUUUUUUUAUUUACCGAUCGCUCUCUUGCCUAGUCUUCGGGAAAUGCAUCCGUGCUGCGCCCAUUACAUCCCUAUUACCGCAUACAUCGCGGUGGUAAAAACGGAAGUACCGUUGACUGGGCUUUCGGUGGUGCAGUGACUUCAAUUCCACGCAGGCGAACCUACCUGUCCUGCACCAAGGCGCGUGUAUUCUUUUGAGCUUUAUCUUUACAUGUGCUACUGUUCUGGGACUCUAGGGGGCAGCAACAGCCUAGCGAGUCCUUUUAAGUUUGAUCACCUUCCGACGGACGCAAUGCAAAAAAAUCAAUUCAGUGAAGACCACAUCAUUUGUGUUUUUGCACUACUUAAGUGUUGUAAAUAUUGUUUUUUUGUAUCAAUUGAAAUGUGCUCUAAUUCUACUUAAUAUGUCUAUUUAUUUGCAGUCUGUGUAAUUCAGAGCAGCCUCUGUGAGACUAGCUUUGGUUCUGUUUGAAAAAUAAAUCAAAUAUUGGGGAAAAAA